AUGAGCCGACCGACCGUCCGCCGCCGCUACCGCAUCGACAGCGAGUGCCUCACCCUCUCCAAGGUGCAGGCCGACCUCAAGCGCGCCGGCCGUCGCACGUCCGCCUUUGCCUUCGAGUCGUUCGCGACCGCCUCGUUCGACGCCGUGCUCGCGGACGAGGAGGUGCGCGGAGAGGUGGAGGCGAUCACGCACGCCACUCAGCAGGUCGACGUGCGGCUCCGCAUCGUCCACAGCAUGAACACCGAGAUGAAGGGUCUGAGCGGGGACAUCGCGCAACGGCUCGGCGAGGCGAUGGCGCGCGUCGCAGCCGGCUGGCACGGCGGCGCGGAGGGCGCUGUCCCCGUCGCACGGCAGUCGCGCGUGCACGGGCUGGUGUUUGAGCAGCAGUCGGGCUUCUCGUACCAGCUUCCGCCGGGCGCCAUCGACUUCAAAGCGCGCGAGUCCUUCUCCACGAUGCUGUCCAUGGAUGGCGGGGAGACGCACAGCGAUCUUCGGGCGCGCGCGCGCGAUCGGCAGAGCUGGCAAGACAACUCGCGGCACUCUGCGUGGCCCUCCGGUGCUCCGUGCGAGGGCGCCGGCGACGAGAUGGACGCCGACGGGGGGUCUGAGGCGGGCUGCGAGGCGGGAGGGGGCGCGGACUUUGGGGCUGGGUUCGAAGGAGAGGAGGCCGACACCAGCGGCUUGAGCCUCGACGACAGCCCCUCGCGCCGUGCGGAGCCGCCCUCUGACGAGCCGAGGACGCAGCCCCGCCCCGAGCAGCGUCAGCUGGGCCGGGCGGCGCUGCGCGCGGAUCCCCACCGCCGGCUCUCGGUUCCGCAGCUCGGCCAGCUGGUGGCGCGGCGCGCUGGUGGCGGCGGCGGCGUCCGCCUCGCCGCCGUGGCAGGAGCCGCGGCAACGCCGGGCGGCGCACCGAGCAUGUCGCGGCUCUUCAUGGGAGCGCUGUGGGCGGCCACGACGCAGCACGUGCUCUCGCUGCAGUCCCGCGACGGCGCCGAUCGCACCGUCCCGCCGCAAGUGGGCCUGCCCUUUGCCGCCGGCAAGAAGGUGAGGCUGGUUGCGGGCGUGAGGGAUGAGGACGGCCGGUGCGUUGAUGUGCAGGUGCAGCUGGCAUGA